UACAAUAUGCCACCGGCAUAUCCCAAUUCGACGAUAGAAAUAAGCGCCAGUAGCUGUCCAAAUCGAAAACCACUUCAUUGGGAAGAAACGAUGAAUGUGAUCCCUCAAUUGCAGCACUACUUAUACAACUAUAACUCCUUAUCUCGGCAGUAAAACCCACGUUUUGUUCUGGAAGCCAAAAGGCAGAAGAGGCACAACCAAAAGUAAAUAGGUUUAGGAUUCACCCCAGAUAACUCUUGGCAGGGUUUUCUAAAAGUCCCCAAUCACCAAAAACUUCCCAAAAUGCGUGGCUUAUCACUGAUAAGCGUGGUUUUUCAAUCCGACGGUCGGCUAUAUAAGUGGCGGUUCCACUAGCCGAAAUCAUCAGUUCAUCUCAAUCGAAUCAAGAACAAAUAUGAAAUUCUUCUCCGUCGUCACCGUCUUCGUACUCGGUCUGCUGGCUGCGGCCAACGCUGUUCCACUUUCGCCCGAUUCAGGAAACAUAAUCAUCAACGGCCCCUGCGAAAGUUGCAACAUCGACAAUGGCAAGUAGGAAGAUUCUUGCCCAUGGAUUGAGAAAUCUUCAAACUGAAGCUCAAUAGUUGUAAUCAUUUAUGCUGAAGUCACACAUAGAAUUUAUAAUGCCAAAAUAACAAAUACAUAAAAAGAAAGGAAUUUACUUCCUUUCGCAAUAGAAAAAAAACAGUUUUAUUUUGCGUUUUAUUUGUCUCUCAAUCAAUGCUCUCAUCUCCUACUGCACUUGAGUCACUCCGAUUCUCCGAUUUUACUAUCGAUCGGAUCUAUUUAAUAAAAAUCAAUAUGAGAUUCUUUAUAGUCAUCACCAUUAUGCUUGGUGUCCUGUCCUUAUCCAAAGGUGUGUAGAAUCUUAAAAAUAAAAGAAUAAAAAAUCAUCUUA